AUGGACAGAAUCGACCCUGCCGGCUCGCCAGAGCGGCGCCACUCUACAACGGCUUCCGAGUCCGACGACUACCGAGAUGACUUGACCGACCUCGAUCAUGUCCCUUCUCGGGGUGCCGAGGCCUUCCAGGAGAUCACUCAUAUUCGGACAACCACCAGCAUCGGCAGCAGCGCAUCUCGACCGCCGGACUUUGAGGUCGUCUUUGAAGAUGACGACAACUACAAUCCCAAGCAGUGGUCUUUAUGGUAUCGCACGUGGGUCGUCAUAUCCAUCAGCUUCACCACCUGGGUAGUGGUGUUCUAUAGUACGGCUUACACAGCAGCCAUCCCUGGCCUCAUGGACGAGUUUGGCGCUGCGAGUCCUACCGUCGUGACCUUGGGAGUGACCACUUACCUUCUCGGAUUAGCAGCCGGCAGCCUGCUUGUGGCACCUGCAAGUGAGCUGUAUGGUCGCCGCCCAGUGUACAUCAUUUGCAUGGCAUGUUUCACGCUCCUCGUCAUCCCAUGCUGUCUCGCGACUUCAUUGACCGAGAUCAUCGUAGUUCGCUUCUUCUGUGCUGUAUUUGGCUCUGUGAUGGUCUCCAAUAGUGCGGGAACCGUGGUGGAUAUUUCUACAGAGGAGUACCGCGCUCUGGUCAUGUCUUUGUGGUCUAUUGCGCCCAUGAAUGGUCCGGCUACUGGUCCCCUUAUUGGCGGCUUCGUGUACCAGAAUCUCGGAUGGAGAUGGGAGAACUGGUUGACGCUCAUUUUCGGAGCCGUUGGCACUCUCUGCAUGGUUCUCACCAAGGAGACUUAUGCGCCUACACUCCUGCAGAAAAAGGCCGCGCGCAUGCGCAAGGAGCAGGACGAUGAUCGAUGGUGGUGCCGUUACGAUGAGAAGGUCGCACCAAUUGAGCUCAUCAAGAUCAAUCUCUUGCGUCCUUUCAUCCUCGCCUUUACAGAGCCCAUCCUGUGGUUCUUCAACAUCUGGAUUUCACUCACCUAUGGCAUUCUCUAUCUUUGUUUCGUGGCGUACCCAAUCGUCUUCACGCAAAACCGAGGCUGGGGCCCAGGCAUCUCUGGUCUAUCCUUCUUGGGCAUUGGCAUUGGCACCAUGAUCUGCAUUUGCUCCGAGCCAUUGUGGCGCAAAAUCAUCAACGCACACCCCAAGGACCCUGAGACAGGCAAGGUUCCGCCCGAGGCGACCGCACGCGUCAUGAUUAUCGGCGCCGUCUCGACCGCUGUGGGCCAGCUCGUCUUCAGCUGGACGUGCCUGCCGGCCACCAUCCAUUGGGCGAUCCCCAUCGCCGCCGGCGUCCCGUUCGGCAUGGGCAACGGCAUCAGUUUCAUCUACGGCGCCAACUACCUCGCCGGGUCCUAUGGAAUCUACGCCGCCUCCGCGCUUGCUGGCAACGCCGUCAUGCGCAGCUUCUUUGGCGGUACCCUUCCCCUCGCAGGACCCUCCAUGUACGCUGCCCUCACGCCUCAGUGGGCGGGCACCCUGCUCGGCCUGCUCGAGGUGUGCAUGAUCCCGAUCCCGAUUAUCUUCUACAAGUACGGCGAUCGCAUCCGCGCCAGGUCUCCCGCGAUCAAGUUGCUGCGCGAGGAUGCGGAGAAGAAUGAGCGCAGGGUGGCCCGCGCACAGCGAAGCGCAGCACGGAGGCAGAUUGCAGCGCAGGUUGCAGCAGAGGGGUCGGACGAGAAGACCGGCAUUGCGACGCUUCCGGCUAGUCCUGAUGGAGGCGGUAUUGAGAAGACGGUCGCGUCGGUCAAAGACGUUGAGAGGGGCAUCUCCGGGGCGGAUGGCGUGCCGCCGGAUACGACAGUGAAGCAGUCGGACACGAUUGCUGUCGAGCGUAAGGCUUAG